AUGGCUCAGAAAGCUGCCAAAUCCCUGGCCACCCGCAAUGGCGCCGUCCUCAGCCGUACUCACCUCAUCUCUGCUGCAUUGCACCUGCUCUUCCUUCUGCUGCACUUUGUCUUCCAGCGGCCACGUUCACUGAAGCCAUACUUCUUCCUGGCUGUCCCGACCCUUGCCAUUGAAUACUAUUUGGACCGAAUGGGUCGGCCCCGCUAUCAUGAAGAUGGUUCCCUGCGCUCCGCCGGCGAGGAUCUUAACGCAACUGGCCUGACAGAGUAUAUGUGGGAUGUGCUUUACUGGACCCAAGGAUGCAUCGUCGCUGCCUGCCUCUUCAAUGACCGGGCCUGGUGGCUGUGGAUUGUGAUCCCAUUAUACUCCGUGUACGCUGCCUACACCACAAUUAUGGGGGUAAAGAAAGGAUUUGCUGGAAUGGGUGGUGGUGAUACCGGUCAAGAGGCUGAUACCCCAAAGAGCAAGACGCAGAUGAAGAAAGAAAAGAGAGGCUCCACUGUGAAGUAUAGGUGA